AUGGCGGCAACUCUUUCAGUGUCGGAUCAGAUUCGACAGCUCGACGAUGCACGCAAGCUAGUUUUGGGGGAUGUCAAAUACUACCCCAGUGUCGUCAGAGGGAUAUUGCCUAUCAUCGGUCCCAGUGCACCGCUUGAGUUGCGAAGAUGGGGUGCCGAAUUCCUUGCUGAAGCUUUUGCGACGCCAGCUCUACCAAAUGGAGAGAAAGAGACAAUGCAACCUUACGUCUUACCAACACUGGAAUCUAUGCUUGAGAAUGAUCGAGAGGACCCUCAGGUUUUGCGAAGCGUGAUUCAAUGCGUUGCCAGUAUCUAUCCCUUGGCAAUGCGGUGGAUCAUAAACAACGGAUAUGACACAAUCACGUGGGAAAGAAUGGUGGCAGUCAAGCAGAAGGUUUUGAGAAUAUGGGACAAUGCAGGUCCUACCGUAAGAAUCUGCUGCAUAAAAUUUGCGCAACGUGUGGUUCUUGCCCAGACUGCUGCCACCGGUUCUGAGUUAAGAUAUGGCGGUACACUCGACGUGUCUCUGGAUAAGGUCCCUCCGAAUCACCAGUCCCUCGACCCUAGGAAUUUGGAGGCUGAAGCUUCGGGUCUUCUAGAUCGAAUGUUGAGUGCCCUUCAGGAAAGCAGCGAUGCCCUGAUUGUAGAUGCGACCUUGAACUGCAUGUCUAUCAUCAUAAGAACUCGCCCAGCUACCUCCAGCCGAAUCAUCAAUGCUCUCCUCAGCUUUAACCCCCUCAAGCUUGCCAACUCCCCUCUUACCCCCAAAUCGCGGGUUAUGAUUAGAUCAAUGGAGAAGACAACCCGCAUGUUGUUGAUUCAUCUAGUAAAGCGAGAUCCUCACAACCCGAUGGUUCCCAGAAUACAGCAGCACGUAGAACGUAUGAUGCGCACCAUGGCCGAUAUCUUUGAUGAUACUGGACGCAAGCGCCCGCUUGAACCACCGCCACAGGACGAUAAUGAGGCCAAACGACAACGACUAUCCCCAGCCCAGAUCCAGAUACCACCAUUGGGCCCAGGACCACACAGCCUGGCUGACGUGUUUACCCUGAUUGACAAUAGUGCUCUAAAGAACUUCGACAUUUCUCAGGUUCCUGCGCCCCUUGUUGCCAGGAUUGCUGUGACAACGCUGUCGAGGCUCGACCCUCAAGUACUGUCCAAGGCAGUUGACGGUAUCCGUGGACGUCUCGAUGCCCUUGCCAGUGCGCCAGUACCUGAGCUGAACCCAAACACCGCUCUGCUAGGCGUGGAAGAAGAUGACGACGAAUAUGAGCCGGAUUUCUAUCAAGCCGAAGACACGGAGCAGAUUUUGAACAAGCUAGAUAGCUCACCAGUUCAUGAGGGACCAUUAUUGGACGAUGGCCUUGGACUGAAGUCAUUCCAUCUGCCUCAGCCUGGUGCCUUGACACCAGAGACAGCACUGACAGCUGGUAACGGCACAGUUACCCGGGUAAUCGAGAUGAUGAAGGCCCUGGAAGAACCAGCAAAGAGAAGCAAGGCUGGUUUCAGCAGAUUAGCGGCUAGCUCAGGAAACCGGGAUUCAUGGAUGACGAUCCUGGCCCGACUCGCGACACGCUCCAUUGCUGGUCUAGAAGAAACUACCGUCAAGGACGAAGACGGCCCAUCAUCACACCAGUCCCUCAGCAUCAACAUUCGCGACAUCUUAUAUUCCUAUGUGAUGGAGGACUUCCGCAAGCAUAUCGAUGUAGCAGUCUCCUGGCUCUGCGAAGAGUGGUAUAAUGACAAGCUACAACAGAAGAAGGGUGGCGAUCGACCCUUGUACUACGAAAAGUGUUGCCUGCGACUAAUCGACGGUUUUCUGCCAUAUCUACACCCCCAGGAUAAGGUUUUGACACGUUUCUUGAGCGAGAUACCGGAGUUGAACAAGAACAUCCUGUCACGGGUGAAGCACAUGUGCCGCGACCCCAGUGUUGUUCAGCUGGCUCUGACAAGUUUGUUGUAUUUGAUCAUGAUGCGACCACCUGCCAAGGAGAUUGCACUGGAUACGGUGCAAGAUAUUUGGAGCGAAUUCGAUGAAGCAAGGCCUGUGGCAGGCAAAUAUCUUUCCAAAUAUCGCCCAUCUUUUAUGGAAGCUGCACGGAAUGGCACCGGUGAAAACUCAGGACAGUCCGCAUCGACCGCUAUCACCGCUUGA